GAUAGUGCCCGCUGCUGCCUAUAAAGGAUCAUUUUGGUCCUCAAUCGCUGAGACGUACAGAAACAUGAGGAAGAUGCUGCUCUGGGCGGGACUGUUCCUGCUGCUACACUUACAGCUGGGCUCCGCCUAUAAACUGGUUUGUUACUUUACAAACUGGUCGCAGUACCGACCAGAACCAGCAAAGUUUAUGCCAGGGAACAUUGACCCGCAGCUGUGCACUCACCUUAUGUACGCCUUCGCCACUAUGAACGAUAACAAGAUUGCGCCAUAUGAGUGGAAUGAUGAUGUUCUCUACAAGCAGUUUAAUGACUUGAAAAAACAGAAUCCAAAUUUGGUCACACUAUUGUCUAUUGGUGGUUGGAACUUGGGAACACAAAAAUUCACAACAAUGGUGUCUAGUGCUGCCAACCGUAAGAUCUUCAUCGAUUCUCUUAUUGAACAUUUGCGAAAAUAUGAUUUUAAUGGUAUUGACCUUGACUUUGAGUACCCAGGAUCUAGAGGCAGCCCACCUGAAGACAAGCAAAGAUUUACUAUCCUGACAGAGGAAAUCCUGGCUGCCUUCAUUGCAGAAGGAGUUGCCACAAAUCGUCCAAGACUCCUGGUAACAGCAGCUGUCUCUGCUGGAAAAGGAACCAUUGAUGCAGGCUAUGAGAUUGCUAAGGUUGGAAAGACCCUAGAUUUUAUCUGUGUUAUGACGUAUGAUUUCCAUGGUGGUUGGGAUCCAAUAUCCGGACACAACAGCCCCCUGUGCCAAGGGUCCACAGACAAUGGAGACAUGGUGUAUUUCAACACCAGAUAUGCUAUGAACUACUGGAAAGAUAAUGGCGUCCCUGCAGAAAAGCUCAUUAUGGGAAUUCCAACUUAUGGACGAACCUUUAGGAACCCAAAUCCAAGUCUAUGUGACGUAGGGAUCCCAGUGUCUGGUGCAGGUUCUUCUGGGACUUAUACCCGGGAGGCUGGCUUUUGGGCCUACUAUGAGAUCUGCACCUGGCUAAAAGGAACAACAGUGAAAUGGAUUCCAGACCAGAAGGUACCAUAUGCCUGCAAGGACAAUGAGUGGGUCGGAUUUGACAACAAACAGAGCUAUGAGUGCAAAGUAAAGUUCCUGAAGGACAGUGGCUUUGGUGGUGCUAUGGUCUGGGCUAUGGAUCUGGAUGAUUUCCUUGGUACUUCCUGCAAUGAGGGCAAAUAUCCAUUGAUCAAUCACCUGAAAUCUCUGUUGGAAGGUUCAGUCACAAACUGCCCUGGAGAUCCCUGUGACUCCUCACAACCUCCCCCAGUUGUACCCACUAAUCCCCCUGUAACAACUACUGGAAGUGUGACCACAUCCUCACCGUCAGACACCACUAAACCACCAGCUGGUACUGAGGUCGACCCUAACUACUGUGCUGGUAAAAUUGAUGGUUUCUACGUGAACCCUGUAAAUGCCAACAGGUUCUACCAGUGUGCAGCAGGCAUUACCUACUCUCAGCAGUGUUCAGCAGGGACUGUGUUUGACUCCAGCUGUACAUGCUGCAACUGGCCCUAAGAAGAUCUUCACAGCCUAAUUUAUCUAUAGCAACUGCAAUCUCAAUAAAUUCACAGCUAAAUAUGCAACAUUGAAA